AAUCAGUACGUUUUUACAUUUGCCUGCCUUUUGCUUCCAUAAACGUCAGAUAAGCUCACUGAAAGAAUACUUGAAAAAGUGUUCUUUGGUUUCUAUUUUGUCAGCUCUAAGCAGUAUUCAUAACGUGUGGUAAUCCAAUUAAAUGUUGAAUAGUAAGAAGAGUAAAAUUUCCUGAGGGUAUUAAAAAGUAGCUUUUAGCCAUUGGGAGCAUUACGUAUUGCAGUGAUAAGAUGAUAGGCGCGAAUUCAGUUCUAACGUUGGCCGUAAACAUUGGCAUAGCAGCAAUAAGCUAUGUGAUGACCAUACGUAUGAUACCGAGAUUCCGAGAAAUGUUUAUUAAAGCAAACCUCUACGGAAAAGAUCUGUGCAAAAAGGAUGAAAAAGUGGUCCCAGAAUCCUUGGGUGUACUGAUUGGUUGUGUAUUCUUAGUUGCCAUGUUUUUCUUUAUACCAAUUCCAUUCACAUUUGGAGAUGCAGCUAGUGCAGAAGUAGCAACUACAGGCGGAAGGUCUGAGGUGUUUCCUUACAAGGAAUUUGUAGAAUUGAUUGCGGCAUUGCUAUCAAUUUGUUGCAUGAUAUUGUUGGGAUUUGCUGAUGACGUGUUAGAUUUGCGUUGGCGGCACAAACUGUUGCUACCCACAAUCGCUACUCUCCCGUUACUAAUGGUGUACUAUGUGAAUUAUAACUCUACCACAGUUAUUAUGCCAAAAUUUGCCAGAAUGUUUGUGGGUAACACAUUGGAUAUAGGUAUUUUUUAUUAUGUGUAUAUGGGAAUGUUGGCUGUAUUUUGCACUAAUGCUAUUAAUAUACUUGCUGGCAUAAAUGGUCUUGAAGUGGGACAAUCUAUUGUUAUAGCUGGUUCAAUAUUACUAUAUAAUACCUGUGAAUUUUUACUGCAACAUCAGUUGGAUGCGCAUUUAUUUUCUAUGUACUUAAUGUUACCAUUUUUAGCAGUGUCCUUAGCCUUAUGGAAAUAUAAUAGAUACCCAUCGCAAGUAUUUGUUGGCGAUACUUACUGUUACUUUGCUGGCAUGACAUUUGCAGUCGUUGGAAUAUUAGGACACUUCAGCAAAACAUUAAUAUUAUUUUUCAUACCCCAAAUUUUAAAUUUUCUAUACUCAAUUCCGCAACUUUUCCAUUUUGUACCUUGUCCGCGUCAUAGACUGCCAAAAUAUGACUCAAACACUGAUUUAUUAACAAUUAGCACUGUAACAUUCCGAGCAGAAGAACUCAAUUUUAUUGGCAAACAAAUGGUUAAUAUAUUUAGGUUUCUAAAACUGAUUUCAUGGAAAGAUCAUGCCGAUGGCAGAAUAACAACUAAUAACUUUACACUUAUCAAUUUUGUCCUAGUCAUAUUUGGUCCAGUACACGAAAAUAUUGUCACCUACAUGCUGCUAGGUUUGCAAGUCAUCUGUUCGAUAGUUGCAUUUUUUAUACGUUAUCCGUUGGCAAACUUGUUCUACGAUACAUGAGUGCGAUAGAUAAGAUCAUGGAUCAAUUUUAUUCAAGUUGAUCCUUUUUUAAUUAUUUAAAUGAAACCAAAUAUAUAAUUUUAUUGUGUUUUUGAUUGAUUAAAUUUUAUAAAAAUUUCGUGUAUUAAAAUUUUCUAAUACAAACUUUUCUUUAAAAUAUUUUUUUAAGAUUUAUUUUUAAGUAUUGUAACUCAAAUAAAUUUAAAUGCAAUUAUUAUUAGUUAUUUAUAAAAAUUAAAUUAUAAUACCAUAAAAAGGAUUCAUAUAUAGAAAACAAAUAAAAACUUUACAUAAGAAAUAUUUAUAAUGAGCAUGUAACAGUAAGAAUACACUAUAACAAUUAACAUAACAUAUGUCGAAUGUGGUACAAAUGGAGCAUUUAAUACAAAAUCCUUUUAUAUGGAGCUCAUUAUCAAUAAAUGUGCUCAUUUAAGGCGAAAUGUCGAAUGCAACCCUAAAAAUAAAUUUCCCACAUGAGAAAUUACCAAAAUUUGAAAUAUGUGUCAUGUUUUAUAUGUAAAAUGUGAACAAACAACAGAUUAGCUAUAAACAAAGGUAC